AUGUCCAACUACCUUGAUCAAGCUAAGAACGCCGCCUCGCAGACGGGCGACAAGGUGAACGAGUACGCCGGCCAGGCCCAGGAGCAAGUUGGCAAGCACAGCGAGGGCAUUUACGGCCAGGCCAAAGAGCAGGCUGGUAACUUGAGCGAGCAGGCCCAAAAGUAUGCUAGCCAGGCUAGGGAGCAGGCUGGAAACCUUGGUGAGCAGGCUCAGCAAUACGCUAGCCAGGCUAGGGAGCAGGCUGGAAACCUUGGUGAGCAGGCUCAGCAAUACGCUAGCCAAGCCAAGGAGCAGCUUUCCAACUGGGGAAGCAAGUAA